AUGGGUGGCGGUGAUUUGAACUUGAAAAAGUCCUUCCAUCCCGGUCUGCGGCGGAAUCAGCAGGCCGUCUACGAAGAAGAACAAAAGGCUCUCGCCGAGCGCAAGCGCACCCAGCAGCGCAUCAAUGAGAUCAAGGAGGAGCGCGCAAAGGAGGAGAUCCAGAGACAGCUGGAAGCUGCGGGAGGCACCAAGAGGGUUGAUCGCGUCGACUGGAUGUACCAGGGCCCUACCGAUGGCCAGGCUGGUACAACGGAGGAGACAGAGGCCUACCUGCUGGGCAAGAGGAGAAUCGACAACCUCAUCAAGGGCACCGACCACAAGAAACUCGAAAAGGCUGCUGGACAGGACAGCUUCAUUGCGCUGCAGAACGCAAAUAGCGCGCGCGACACAGCAGCCAAGAUCCGCGACGAUCCUUUGCUGGCCAUCAAGCGCCAGGAACAAGCCGCAUACGAGGCUAUGAUGAACGACCCCAUUCGACGCCGCCAGCUC